UGCAAAACUCCAUGAAUAAGCCGGAACGAUGUCAUUUCCGGUAAUCACUUAAACGACGUCGUCAAGUCUAGAAAUUAUAGGGUUGAAGCUGGCUUGGCGUAACAGAGCUUGCAAGGCGCGGCUGGGCUUCGUUCUUCCAGGUUUUAAAGACCAGAGGAACGCAGCUUGAGGAUUUCAGAAGGGGAGUUUUGGCAGACAACCUCCGUUUUGGGUCUCCAUUGCGCCGAAGUGGAAAGUGAGAAAGAGAAGAGCAGGACAGUUGGGUGGCAGGACUUGGAGACAGAGGUCAAACGGGGUGAAAGCUGAAAGAAGAAAGAGCAAAGGACGAAGCGUGAAGAGGGUUUUCGCAUUUCCAUGAUGGGGUUCUGUUAGAGGAACACAGGGAAGCUUAGGUCAAUGCAAGUGAGGAUGGUGACCAGGGGCUGAAAACGAGGAGACCCGUGAAGAGUUUCAAGGUUUGCAGGUCCACAGAUAUUUUCGAAGCCUUCUUCGGCCAUAAAGAGAGAGAAGAAGAAAACGAUUCGUGGACAUUCAUAAAGGAGUACUUGAGAAAGGAGAACGGGACAGAGGAUACACUCUGAAGACAGUGAGAAAAAGAGGGUGAGUCUGAUACAUAAGGAGAAAAGAGAGAAAGAGAGAAAGAGGAACGGGAGGAAGGAAGGAAGAGACCCAUCAAGCUGAAGGUGCUAGGGGAUCUUCAAUCUGAACCCCUUAGCUUGCAGAGAUGGAGUAUGUUAGCCCUGAAGGACUCCGUUUAGAUGGUCGACGCCCUAUGGAAAUGCGGCAACUUCGAGCAGAGAUUGGUGCUGUUGCCAAGGCAGACGGUUCAGCUCUCUUUGAGAUGGGGAACACCAAAGUAAUUGCUGCAGUAUACGGCCCUAGAGAGGUCCAAAAUAGGAGCCAACAAAUCAGUGAUCAAGCACUGGUACACUGUGAGUACAGUAUGGCUAAUUUUAGUACAGGAGAUCGCAAGAGAAAACCAAAGGGUGACAGGCGAUCGACUGAAAUAUCUCUAGUUAUUCGCCAGACAAUGGAAGCAUGCAUAUUGACACAUUUAAUGCCUCGUUCUCAGAUAGAUAUCUUUGUGCAAGUUCUCCAGGCUGACGGAGGGACUAGAUCUGCAUGUAUCAAUGCUGCAACAUUAGCCCUUGCAGAUGCUGGGAUUCCAAUGCGUGAUAUUGUUACUUCCUGUAGUGCUGGGUACCUAAACAGUACUCCCCUACUUGAUUUGAAUUAUGUUGAAGAUGGUGGUGGAGGCCCUGAUGUUACUGUAGGAAUUCUACCUAAGUUGGACAAAGUGACUCUUCUUCAGAUGGACUCCAAGUUGCCAAUGGAUAUCUUUGAAAAUGUCUUCCAACUUGCUAUAGAAGGCUGCAAAGCCAUAGCAACUUACAUUCGAGAGGUUUUGCAAGAGAAUACCAAGCAACUGGAGUAUCGUCGGGGUUUAUAAUCUUUACUUAGGGAUGGACAGCUCAACUUUUUUCUGUAUUUGGGCACUUAUUAAUGGCUAUCUUUCCGAAACUGGCAGUUCUUUAGUUACAUAUAUCUUUGGCUUGUCAAGCAUGGAUUCUGCCAUUCUUUGAUCAAAGGCUCGGCUGUCCACAGCUUUGACUUCAUUCACUGGAAAUGUGGAAUCCAUGUGCAAGACCUUUUUUUUUUGAGUCUCUCUUGCAAAUUAGUAGCAUUGAGGAGAUUCAUGUAACAUUGUGAUGGUUAAUUUUUUUCUUCCAAGAAAAGAAAAAAAGAGGGAGGCUUACUAGCUCUUCAUGUAUUCAGUCGGAAUGUCUCUCUGCUCUGAAAUUUGCAGUUUAACCUUUAGUGUUCUCAUUGAGCAGCCCAUCCCCACAUCUCUGCUCAAGUGCAAGUGGUUCUAUUAAACUUCUAAAAUGGGUGUUGCUUAAAAAGAUAUGAUUGCUCAGAAAAA